AUGGGUAAUUCUUUCAGUGUCAAAAAUCAAAAUAAUAUUAAUGAUUCUAAUUUGAACAAUCCAAGCAAUAUAAAGCAUAAUACAAACUAUGACACUCCUACAGCUAUCAAUAUAUUACAAGCAUUAUUUGAAAGUGAAAAUUAUUGUUUCAAUUCAUUUUCAUCAAAUGAUCAUGGUAAAAUUGUUAAAGAAAUAAUUGAAAAUUCUCAACGACAAGAACAAACAACAACUAUAGAAUUGAAAGGUGAUCCUAUCUUAAAUGAAUUCGUCAAUGAUCUAUAUACAAUCUUCAGUAGUUAUCCUUCUGUUGAUAAUAUAAAUCAUGCUACUGAUAGUGGUAUGGUUAAAUAUGAAAUCUAUUCAAUUCAAUCUUUAAAUUCAUUAUCUUCUUCAACAACNAAUAUGGCUACCGAAAUCUAUGACUAUUGGUGA